AUGACAGGUUACCCUCAUUGCGUCACGCUCUUCCGCUUUCCAUAUAAGGGAGACGCCAACUCGCUCUCAUGGAUUAUCGCAGCUGUAUCUCCUUUAAACAUCUCCUGCGAGCUACACUCAGUCAGGCUGCUACUCUAUGUCGUUGUUCCCACUGGCAAGACGUGUAAAACCCCGUUUGAGGUGCAGAUCGCCCUGGUGACGCCUGCAAUCAUUCUGCUCAGUGCUCAUGUUCAGAACAACGAUGCAGCUUUCCAUAUCGUUCCAACCACACUGCAGCUCUUUGAGUUUGAGACUGUCUCUUUUCACUGUGAGGGUCUGGAUGGCUCCACUCAGCUGAGAGGGGUCAGAAAUACUGUGCAGUUCAUUUCAGCAUGCGACGAGCGGAUGCCGGUGCUAUUCUGCACUAUUAAAAGAGCCUAUCUCGCAGAUGGUGGAGAAUACUGGUGUGAGACUGAAGAAGGAGAGAGGAGCAACAGUGUCAACAUCUCUGUCACUGAUGGUUCAGUGAUCCUGGAGAGUCCUGUCCUCCCUGUGAGAGAAGGCAAGAAUGUCACUCUGAGCUGCAGGAACAAUACAACCUCCUCAAACCUGACAGCUGGUUUCUACAAAGAUGGCGUCCUCAUCAGGAGCAGCUCUACAGGAGAGAUGACCAUCCACAGUGUGUCCAAGUCUGAUGAAGGACUCUACAAGUGUCACAUCUCUGGAGCUGGAGAGUCACCAGAGAGCUGGAUGGCUGUCAGAGCUCAUCACAGAGAGACUUGUCCCUGUUCAGACCUCUUCAUACAUGUCGUCCUCGUCUUAAGGACGGUGUUCACCAUAGUGAUGGUGCCUCUGCUGCUGCUGCUGGUGGGACUGCUGCACUGUGGCAAACUCACAGUUACAGUUGCACAAACAUAACUGAUACUCAUGUA